CUUCCUCAUUCUUUCCAUUCCAUACUCGAUGAUGAUGCAUGAAAUACCUGAAUCAAUCUAUCAUUAGAUUAGAUUCCAUUCAAACAAGAUCAUAUAUAUUCACGUCUAAUUAUUUGCUCUACUACCGGUUACACAGUGAUGCUAGACCUCAAUCUCGACGCUGUUUCCGAUCGAUUUCUAGAACUAUCUGCUGGCUACGUCGACGAUUCCGGCACGUCGAAUUCCUCAGUACUCAACUUUGAUAGUACGGCAGGCGACGAUGAAUCGUGCUCGACUAACGUUAAACAUUGUGCCAACGCGUUUGCUUAUAAUUUCGAUAUAUUGAGGAAUGGUCAUGACUGUGAAGUGAACAAUGGAAAUGAAGGUAUUCGGUCUGAAUUCAUUACGAAACAACUGUUUCCAGUUAGUGUAGGCUCUUCCUCGCAACAUCAGUGGCUGGAUCUUUCGGUUAAUGCUGAGAAAACCGGUGGACAUGUGGAGGAGAGGAUGGUGAUUAACAAGCAACGCCAGCAGGUGAAGAAGAGUAGGAGAGGACCGAGGUCGAGGAGUUCUCAAUAUCGCGGCGUUACUUUCUAUCGGAGGACAGGAAGAUGGGAAUCGCACAUCUGGGAUUGUGGUAAGCAAGUGUAUUUAGGGGGGUUUGAUACUGCUCAUGCUGCAGCUAGGGCGUAUGAUCGAGCUGCAAUUAAGUUUCGUGGACCUGAAGCUGAUAUCAACUUUGACAUUAGUGAUUAUGAUGAAGAUAUUAAGCAGAUGAAUAACUUGAGCAAAGAAGAAUUUGUUCAUAUACUUCGUCGCCAAAGCACAGGUUUUGCUCGGGGAAGUUCGAAGUACAGGGGUGUUACACUCCAUAAAUGUGGAAGAUGGGAAGCUAGAAUGGGCCAGUUUCUUGGCAAAAAGUAUAUCUAUCUUGGAUUAUUCGAUAGUGAAGUAGAUGCUGCUAGGGCUUAUGAUCGUGCUGCCAUUAAGUGUAACGGAAGAGAAGCAGUCACCAAUUUUGAUCCUAGCACAUAUCAAGAGGCCGAUUUGGUACCUGAGGUGGUUCCAGGAAAAUCAAGUAGCAGCGAUGUUCUAGACCUUAACUUGGCAAUUUCCCUACCACAUAAUGCUGCAAACACUGGAUUUUAUUUCCAAUGCAACCCUAGUGACAAAGAACUAAUGUUUACUGAUUACUCUAAAUCAGCAUCACAUGGACAUGGUCAUGGUUUGAUACCAAAUUAUAUACCUCCUGUUUGGAAUGGUAUUAAUAACCAGGUAACAAGCUUGUCUAUUAUUGCAAAGUUUAGUUCACAAUAUUCAUUCUUAUUGUCUAAUAUUGUUUGCAGGGAAAAGCAAUAGAGGAUGGUAUGGAGGUUGAUUUGGCAGCAAAUUGGGCAUGGAAAAGCCAAGUUGUCGGUUAUGGUGGAGAAGAAGAAACUGUAUUAUUGCCACUUUUCUCUACAGCAGCAGCAUCAUCAGGAUUCGCGACUUCAACCAAUAUUCCUCAUACCGCGGUAUCAUCCUCUGCUGCCCAUGAAUUUCAUAUUAUGAACAACCCUUCUCAUUAUCAUUGUAGGAUUUGAAUUUUAUUUCUU